AUGGACCAAGCAUACGAGUCAUUGCUUGAAUCGACGGAGUCUCCUACGUUUGAUAUCUUCCAAUGUUUGUAUCAGCUAAAGAUCAAUAUAGACAACAUUGGAGUCCAUCAUUACUUGGUCAAGAAGCUCUAUAAUUUCAGCUACUUGGAAGUUGAAUUCCACAUACCACAGCUUAUUCAAUUAUUGGUAAGUUUUGAGACGGACUCGAUGGCAUUAAAUGAAUUCAUGUUGGAUUAUAGUAGGAAGUAUCCACAUUUUUGCUUAAUAACGUUUUGGAAUUUACAAGCGUAUGUGUUUGAGUUGAAGAAUGAUCCAGAAUCUUAUUCGUUUCAUAUUGUGAGAAGUUUCAUCAACGAGCUUCAGAACGUGAUGUUCAACCAGGAGGCAUUGUACGAUUCGCCGGUGGCACAGAAGAAACAUGGCGAGUUUCGAGAAAACUUGCAACCGUCCAUAGCGAUGUGUGGUGCUGUUUUGGCGUCAAUUGCGGUUCCGCAGAUCAACGUUUACGCCAAGCCGAUUAUUGCAUCACAGGGGAAGCAGCAGAAGUCUCUUUUGUUCAAGUUGGCUAAUUUCCAUAAAUCAUUGACCAAGAAUUUGACACUCAAAAAUAGAGGAAGGGCCACGUCGCACAGUGAACAUGCCAAUAUCGAUCAAGGCCACCGUUCCUUGUCGAAUCCAGGUACCACUAAAACACACGAAGAAUCAGCGAAGGAGAGCGCCGAUAGUACUUCUAAGGCACUGCGCAAGCUUCAAAAUUCGGCUACCAUGUCAAGCUUGGACACAUGGGAAGAUAGACAUUACAAUAGCGAUUACUCGCUCGAAAGAGAUAUGAAGAUUAAUACGAGAAUUAUAUCGAAAAAAUCCUACAUUAGGAGAGCAAAAGAACUUGAACAACUGGGAUUGGGGUCGGAGUCACUUAUCGAUGUAAAUGCUGACAUAUACACGAGACCACCCUUGAAAGAUAACAAGAUAGCAUUCCACUCGAUGCCAGAUUUGAGAUCAAAUAAUAGAGAAGGGUCACUCGAUGAAAUGCCUAUUACACCUGUCAUAUCCGGCUCGUCGUCUACAUCACUUGCUUCAUUAGAUUUACAAGAGCACAAAUAUGCCAAUAAUCAUAGAAUUCUUCCAAUGCAUCAAGACCAGAAGAUUAAGUAUUUACAGGUAAAUUAUUUUAAAAAGGAAACUGAGUUCAUGAUGGGAUUGCAAAAUAUAUCGACAAGGUUGUCUCAAGUACCUAAAGAAGCACGUUUGACGUCCUUAAGAGCAGAGCUUUCAAUCAUUAAUAAUACUAUAUUUCCAUCCGAAAUUGACAUUCCUCAAUUGUUACCAAUUAGCAGUAACCAAAAUAAGAAGUUUCACAGAAUAAUUAAACUUAAUGUGAAUGAAGCCUGUGUUUUAAAUUCAGCUGAAAGAGUUCCAUUCUUGUUAUUAAUCGAAUAUUUAAGUGAAGAAAUGGAUUUUGACCCGUUAAAUGAGCAUAACAAAAGUAUUAUUCUUAGUAAGUCUACCAAUGACUUUGUUUAUGCUAGCGGUAGACGUAACAAGACACCAACCACAGAUUUCACUAGAAGUAGUAAUGAUUCUACUCGUCAAACUGACAGCACCGAACCAAACACAGGCUUUGAUGAAGCUGAUUUAGGUGAUAUGUCUGUUGUAGCUCUUUCGAACGAAAAGAGUUUCAUCACUAAUCAUUUGAAUUCAAGACAGGCAAACGAUAUGAAUACACAUAGGGUUGACAUAUCGCUGCCUGCCCCUCAGAAGGCAAACAUGGAAAGAAGACAGACACCUGACUUGACUUCGCCUAGUUCACCAGGUACUCCUACUUUUGACACGCGGGAUUUAUCAACGCAGAUGAGAAUAGCUGCAGUUAUGUUACAGCAACUUGAAAAAUCAGGUCAAACAAAUACUGAACAAACUGCCGCUAUCAGAGCACGUAUCAUUGAUUCUAUGAAAGCAUUGCAAGAUAAAUUCGAAAACAUUGAUUAUAAGCAAAUUCAAGCUAUGCAAAGUGUUCAUGUCGGAAGAAACUCAUCUGAUGCAGGCGAAAGGAAAUUAGAAAAUGAUUUUAAAUUAAGUGAAGAUUGGGCAACUAAGAAAAAUCGUAUAAGACAGGCCAGUGCCUAUGGACAUUUAAAGAACUGGGAUCUUUGCUCAGUAAUUGCGAAAAAUGGUGAUGAUUUGCCGCAAGAAGCAUUUGCAUGUCAGUUAAUAUCAAUGAUUUCAAACAUUUGGAAAGCAAACAAUGUCGGUGUCUGGACUAAAAAUAUGAAGAUCAUUGUUACAAGCGCGAACACUGGUCUUGUAGAGACAAUUAAUAAUGCAAUGUCGAUCCAUUCGAUCAAGAAAACUUUAACAGAUUUAACGUUGAAAAGUGGUGAAAAUCCAAAAGGUAAAGUUGCUUCCCUCAAAGAUUAUUUUAAUAAGGUUUAUGGAGAUGAAGAUUCGUAUAAAUAUAAAAAGGCACAAAGUAAUUUCGCUAGAAGUUUAGCAGCAUAUUCAGUCAUCUGUUAUGUUCUUCAAAUAAAGGAUAGACAUAAUGGUAACAUUAUGUUGGAUAAUGAGGGCCAUAUUAUUCAUAUUGAUUUUGGAUUCUUGUUAUCGAAUUCACCUGGUAGUGUCGGCUUUGAAGCUGCGCCUUUUAAGUUGAUAUUUGAAUAUGUUGAAGUAUUAGGAGGAUUAGAAGGUGCUCAAUAUCUUAAAUUUAAGGAAUUAUGUAAGGAAUGCUUCAAAGCUUUGAGGAAGAAUUGUGAUCAUUUAAUUAAUAUUGUUGAUUUAAUGCAAAAGGACUCUAGUUUACCAUGUUUUAAGAAUGGUGCCCAAACCAGUGUUUUGUUGAAACAAAGAUUACAACUGGACUUAAGUGACGAGGAAUGUGAUGCAUUUGUGGAAACAGGCUUGAUUGGAAAGAGUAUUGGAAGCGUAUAUACCAGAUUAUAUGACCAGUUCCAAUUACUUACACAAGGUAUUUAUAGUUAG